UCUGCAAAAAAAAAACAUAUCUGUAAUGAUUAGUCGGGUUCCAUAUAAUAACUGAUAGACAGAGGGGCUGGAUACAAAAUCUGUCUAUACAUCUAACUGCUUGUAAUUGGAUAAUACAUGCACGAAUUACUAUGAUCUCUAUUUUAAGAUUGUUAUUACGUCUUUUCUGUUAUGUGCAACUCAGCGUACACAAUAUAGUCAAUAAACUAUGCUUAUGCACUUGAAGUAUUUUUCAAUUCUUUCGUAUUUCCUGUUCAAUACUGUCAUUGGACAAGACCCUAACGUUCACCAAAAAAAGUAUAAAUGUUACGUGUGCGACUUCUGUCCGAUAGUAUUAAAUGGAACUCAAGUGAAGACUGGAUGUUAUGCUUGUGCAACUGGUGGAGCGAACAAUGAUGUUAGAAGGGAUUGUUUGAUGGACAGAAUAAGACUACCUCCAGGUUUUCCUACAAACAAUUUAGAAAGAUGUUUUGGGGAUUUAUGUAACAAUAAGAAAUCAACCAAAGAAAUUGACGGCGCUGUCAGAUGCUAUGUUUGUCGGCAUUGUACAACUGGCAAUACAUUUAUUGAAAAUGUCUGUGGUGCUUGUGGGACUCGUACAGAAUCAGGAGUCACAAAUAAAUACUGUCUGAAUAGUUGUCUUGAUAUCACAAUCACUGAUGGAUCGACCUGUUGUACAACAGAUCUGUGUAAUGGAAAGACAAGGCUACACAUUCAAAAAAGCGCAAUUCUGUUGCUUAUUAUUCUCACAGGACUGAGUGGAUACUUUCUUUAGACCAGUAAAAACACAAAGAAAAAUAAUAAUUGACACUGAGUAAUGAAAACUGAUCUGCGAUCACUUUUUGUUAAUUCAAGCGACUAUUUUGACUGUACUGAAAUCUGAAACAUUUACAGCUCUCUAUUUGUUUUACACUCAAUUUCUUUUAAUUAUUUGAACGUUUUGAACUCAUGAAGUGAAAAUACUUCAUCUUUUUUUUCAGAUAAGCCAGUGUAUAAACGUUUUAUGAUGUGACAGUACAAUACUGGCGAUAUAUUUCGUAUUUUAUUGAUGAAUAUUUAUUUAGUUGAAUCAUUUCUAUUUUUUACAUGAGGACUUUUUAUGUUAGUGUUUGUCAUUAAAGGAUGCAACCAGCAGAAUUUGAGAAUAAAGUAAAAUUAAAAAACUAAAUGUUCUUGUUUUCAUUCAUUUUAUGUGUAUGCAUAUUUUUAUAUAUAUUAUUCCCUUAGGUUGCAAGUGGAAUACAGAGCUUCAUUAGUACAUCUACAUUUUACU